CCCGACACUUCUUGCAUCAAAUUAUCACGGGUAUGCUGUAUCUUCAUUCUCAUGGAAUACUGCACCGGGACCUCACUCUUUCUAACAUCUUACUCACCAAUAAUAUGAAUGUCAAGAUUGCUGAUUUUGGACUAGCAACUCAGCUGAAAAUGCCUCAUGAAAAACAUUACACCAUGUGUGGAACUCCAAAUUACAUUUCUCCAGAGAUAGCCACACGCAGUCCGCAUGGACUUGAAUCUGAUGUGUGGUCUUUGGGCUGCAUGUUUUACACUCUUCUUAUUGGAAAGCCACCUUUUGACACUGACACAGUCAAGAACACGCUGAACAAAGUAGUAUUAGCAGAUUAUGAAAUGCCAGCCUUUUUAUCACGAGAGGCACAAGACCUUAUACACAGGUUGCUUCGCAAAAAUCCAGCAGAUCGUUUGAGUCUUUCCUCAGUGCUGGAUCAUCCUUUUAUGUCCAGGUGUAGUUCUGCACGGAGUAAAGAUUCGGGAACUUCAGAAGAUUCCAUGGACAGUGGAAAUGCUACCAUCUCUACAACCUUCACAGGCUCUUCCAACAUCAGUACCAGUGGUUGCUUGAAGGAAAAGAAGAAGCUGCUAGUUGGACAGCCACUCCCAAAUAAAAUUACUUUUUUUCCUAAAACCAAGAAUUCCAGUAGUACUUCAUCUGUAGAUGGAAGCGGUUCUUUUCAUCAGUGGGGAAUUCAGGAAAAAGAAAUGGGCAUAACUGGCAGGGGAAGAACCAUGCAACUUGCUGAAGAGAGACCACAUUCACGCUACCUCCGAAGAGCCCACUCUUCAGAUCGCUCUGGCACAUCCCAUAGUCAGACUCAAGGCAUAUCGAAUAUUGUUGAGAGAUGUCACUCUAUGGAACUGCUUUCUAAGCCUAGAGUAGGAACAAGGGAAAAUACAGAAUGCUUUUCACCUGUGAACAGCUAUACUGAUAUAGGAGAAAUAUUUAAGGAGAAGACUUCGAGUGGUACUGGUUCUUUUGAAGGGCAAAAAUCUCCACCUGUAAAAGACCAACCGCACUCAAAUUAUCUUUGCCCAAUGAAGCCCCAGGUUGGUUUGUUAGAGCAGAAGUCCCAGGCUGAAACAAUGCAGCAGUGGCUUGGAAGCAUGCAAACAAAUGUUCAGCUGAGACCACCCGCAGACCUAACUGGCAACGGCAAUGCAUAUGGAGGGUUUCGCUAUCAUCUGGAUGCACAGCAAGAUGCAUCAAGAAAUGCAUGGAACACCUUAAAAGAUGUCAGGAAUCAUGAUGCAUCCAUUGACUGUCCACAUUCUUUAAACCAGAGAAUCCCAAAGAAAUAUGUCCCUGGAGUUGUUUGCAAAUCUGAGAAAAAUCAACCAUCUUCUACAUGUGGCCUUUGGUCAACUGCAGAACAAAAACAAGCAUGGGGCAAGGAACCACCAGCGCAACAGAAAUCUACACUGCGAAGUACAGUCUCGCCUCUCAGUGCUCACAGGCUAAAACCCAUCAGGCAAAAAACAAAAAAUGCAGUGGUGAGCAUUCUAGAUUCUGGAGAAGUGUGUAUGGAGUUUCUAAAAGAACACCAUUCACAAGAACUUGUGAAAGAAGUUCUCAGAAUAUCUUGUGAUGGAAAUGUGAUUGCAGUUUAUCAUCCAAAUGAAGGAAGAGGUUUCCUUCUUGAUGACAGACCUCCUGCUCCUCCUGAAGACAUCUGUGUAUAUAAUUUUGACAACUUGCCAGAGAAGUACUGGAAAAAAUACCAGUAUGCAGCCAAGUUUGUGCAGUUAGUAAGAACAAAAACCCCCAAAGUUACGUUCUACACAAGAUACGCCAAGUGCAUGUUGAUGGAAAAUUCACCCACUGCAGAUGUUGAAAUUUGUUUUUAUGAUGGAGCAAAGAUACACAAGACAGCUGGUAUAACUCGUGUAAUUGAAAAAUCGGGGAAAUCCUUCACUUUGAAAGGAGAUAGUGAAGCAGGUUUGAAGAAGGAAAUACAAGUAUAUAUGGAUCAUGCAAAUGAGGGACAUCGUAUAUGCCUUGCAUUGGAAUCUGCUGUUUUGGAAGAAGAAAAAAGGAGUGAACACAUCCCAUUUUUUCCAAUAAUCGUAGGAAGAAAACCUGGCAAUACUGAAUCACCACAGGCUCUAGCACCUCCACCUAUGGACAGUACAAACUGUUCAAAAGAAGUAAUGGCACUGGAAAGAAAUACAGCUGCCAGUUCUAAUCCAGUUCAGACUCCAAACUGUACUCCUUCU